AUGUUGAGCCCGGACUCAUCUUCUGACUCCGGCGUCAAGCUUGAAUCUCGUACCUGCAUCAGCUCCUGUCCCACCGCCUCGCGCCUCUUCAUUGCGCUGCUCGGAUUCUCCUAG